AUGUGUAAAGUGAAUACAGCGACUCUCACCGGGUUUCUUAUUGAAAUUUGCCGAAACCUGAACAAGGCACAAUCGAUCUGUGGGUGCGAGAUCGUUGUUCCUCCGGUGCACUUGCUACUAUACAAGUCCGGACACACUACCAUUCUUCAAGGGUCGAGUAAGUUGAACAAAGAAGGUCGAGUGCAACAGCUCCUCGGAUAUACGCCUAUCAUCUCCUCGAGGUCAAAAGAGAUGUCGAGCGUGCAGGUCAGCCUUCGCGUUACCUUGGGCAUACUCAUUCAAUUGAGUCCUUCACGCACCAUGUCUCCCGUGGUUCCCUACCCCAGUCAUUCCUUUGCUCCACCCCAAACAUCCAACUUCGACCAACACCGGGAAUUGUUCAGUCACUGGGCAGCUCAACCUACACGCCAGCUUGAACUUCAUUUCGUUCGCCGAUAUGCCAAUUUCUCCCAAGCGAAGGCCCGUGCGGUGCCCACUACGAGCGCCCCGAACGAUAACACUAUGUUAUCUAUGAUAAAUGCAUGCGCUCCGACGGGUUUCUACGCCGUAAUGGGCGCCUGCCUUGGCGUGACUACGCUCGUUUGUCUUAUAGCAGCCGUCAUACUGAGCAGACGAAGGACAACAGGAUCAAGAUCCCCUUGUCUCAACGAAGCCGAGAGGCCUAGCUUGCGCAUUGAUCCCAACUUCCGGCCGUGUAGCUAUGUAUGCAACCAGUACCCGAGGAUGUUCUGCACACAUUCUGGACCAUCACACUGCACGCCUUCGACAAGUGCACAGUCCGCGGUGCAGAAAAUAAUGACUACAGAGGAGCUGGUAACUCCUUCGGCAGGCACACCCCUUCACGCCUCGACGUCCGCUGCGUCUCCCAUUGAAUCUAUCCAAAUUCAGAACACAACAUUGGGCGAAGAGGGACGUCCGCCAUCGUAUUCAACAUAUGAAGAAUCCCUGGAAAGUGAGCCGCCACGACAUGACGUCGCGGAGGCUUCUCGUGUCAUCAUAAAUAACCCGAUGCUGAAACCUGAAACAUACCUUGAGUAUGUGGAUUUCAAUGCGACGGAGCCAACGUGA